AUGGAGGUAGAGGUUUCCGAGAAUGAGUACUCUCUGGUGACUCGAGGUGCUGAUAUGAUGAAGCACGAAGGGGAUUCAGUGUUUACCAGCUUGCAAACUGUCGCACAAUACGUUUUUAACAGCCUAAUUCCAUACGUGUUCCUUAUGGACAUGUCAACCUUCAGCGAGUACACCAAUCCAUCUCUCUUCAACGACGGGUUGCAAUAUCCCUAUGCCUCAUGGCGCAACGGUAGCGCGUUCGACUCCAGAUCGAAAGGUUAUCCGUUCAAAUCGGGUUGGGGUCAUGUAAUUUCUCUUUUUGCUAUUUUACCAUGUGACUCCACUGUCAACUCCAGCUCUGGCUCUGCGUUGCUUUGUGUUUGUGUUGGCUUGAAACGGAACGGCUACGACUGUUAUUUUCAAAGUUUGCUCGAACGCACUCAGAACUCAGGAUCAAACGAACACGGUCAGCGUGAAGCUGCGAGAGAACAUCGCCAAGGUGUCACGGCAGUCGUCGGUUGUCGUGACCCGGACACUGGCCAGGUGUCAUAUCAUCGGCACCCCUAG